AAACACGUUGGUUUAUAUUGCCGCGGUUAAGAAAACGCCCUCUAUGAUUUAAACCCGAGUUUGAGUUCAGCCAGUCGGUGAUGGCGUAUUGCGUGCGGCAAUUUCGAAGAGGAGUGCGUUUCGUUUUGAAAAUUUGACAACGGCCUUUUAAAAUGGCAGACAAUCAGCAGAGCAGGUUCGAAAAGUCACUCGGCUUGCUAACCACGCGGUUUGUAACUUUGUUACAAAAGGCAAAAGACGGAGUGUUGGACCUGAAAGUGGCUGCUGAUAUACUGGAGGUGCGCCAAAAGAGACGGAUAUACGACAUCACCAAUGUGCUCGAGGGAAUUGGGCUGAUUGAGAAAAAAAGCAAGAACAGCAUACAAUGGAAGGGUGCUGGACCUGGGUGUAAUACGCAAGAAGUUGGUGAAAAGCUGACCGAACUGAAGGAUGAAAUCAGGAAACUAGAGGAACAUGAACAGUUGUUGGACACACAUACCCAGUGGAUUCAACAGAGUGUAAAGAACAUCGAAUGUGAUCUGACAAAUAAGAGAUACGCUUACCUCACGUAUGAGGAUGUCAAGAAGAAGUUUCAGAACGAAGUUGUGUUAGGUAUUCAAGCUCCGCCGGACACAUUACUCAAUGUACCAAAUAUCACAGAGGUAAUAGAAGAGAAUCUAGAUGAAAUUAAAAAUCCUAAUUAUGAGAUAUCCAUGAAGAGUGCAUCGGAAGAAAUUAAGGUGUAUAUGAUUCAGCCAGAGUUAGCUGAAUGUUAUGAUAACAAAGUACUUGAGGCGAGACUUCGGGAAGAAUCUAAAGGGACCAAGAGGGAAAAGGAUGGAGAGGAUAAGAAAGAUGAAUCCAAACCAAAGAGAAAAGUUGGAAGGCCACCUAGAGGGGUUGGGAAAGUAGACCCUGUAUUAUCAGACGAAGACGAGGAAGAGGACCCAGAAUUACUCGAAGCAAAAAUUAUACUUAGUGAUGUAUCAACGUCAGACAUUGUCAGAACAGAUUUGGACCUCCUGGACGAGUUUUAUUCAGAUUUUUGUGGACCUUUGGUGAGACUAAGUCCACCACCCGGUGAAAAGGACUAUCAUUUUCAUCUUAGUGAAAACGAAGGAAUUUGUGACUUGUUUGACAUAGUUGCAAAGUGACAGCAAUGCAUUAA